CGUCCGUCAAAAACAAAUUAAAAAAAUAAACGUUAUGUAUUAAUUGAAACUGGCCAGUAACGUAGAUAUAUUUUGUGUUUAGUGUUAUGUGUUAGUAUUUUUUAUAAUGGAGGGGCGGAGGACUUGGGAUGAAGUGCCGCUGGGCGAGUCGCACUCUCCUCCACAGUCGGUGCCGGGGCGACGGACGCCGUUGGGUGCUGUUGGCCUCGGUGGCUUCUAUAUGCAAGGAGGCCAGCCUCCGCCUCAGCAGCAUUGCUAUCCCACCGAUGAAAACCAACCGGAACCAGGGACGAGCUACGCUCAAAGGCCAAUUGGAGAAGGUAAAUCGAAACAGAAGAUAAGACAAGGAAAAAAUGUGAGACUGAAUAUCAACGCGAGGGAACGGAGGAGGAUGCACGAUUUAAAUGAUGCGCUCGAUGAAUUGCGUAGCGUCAUCCCCUAUGCACACUCGCCGUCCGUUCGAAAGCUUUCCAAAAUAGCAACACUGCUUCUUGCCAAAAACUACAUCCUAAUGCAGGCCAGCGCGCUUGAAGAGUUGCGCAGGUUGGUAGCUUAUCUCCAAGGGACGGCAACAGCCGCUGGCUUCGUUCCACCGCCAGGUUUCGACUUGACCACACUUCCUGCAGCUGCGAAACUUUUACAGCCUCCCAAUACUGGGCCACCCGCUCCUCCAGAUCCACCCUCUUGAGACCUAAUUGUUAAAUAUGAACCAUAGAAUAAUUCCUUCUAGAUAUUAUAAUUCUAAAACUAUUAAAUUAAACAUUACGAAGUCCGUAUUACAUACAAGAGUCACAUAAAUAUUGGAGAGUAAAAUAGUGCUUAAAAGUGUUUUUAUUAUAUAUUUUUUAAUGAAAAUAUUUUAUUAAGCAAUUUAAAAAUAGCAUCUACAGUCAAUUUUUCGUUAUUUUAGAGUACAAAAUUUCUUGAGUAUACUUCUUAUUAAUAAAAUGAGAUCCGAGGUAGCAUUCCGUUGGACAAAUUAAACAAAAAAAAAACAAAUGAGUUCUCAAAAAAGUAUAUAUUCUACAUGCGGUUGAACAUCGGAUGAGAUUGCUGUAACUGUGUAAAGGAUUUUCCUGUUCUAAGCUUAGUUUAUAAUAAAAUAAUUCAUAAGCGUGUGCUAUGCGAUAUUAUAGAUUGUAGUAUUCUUUAGUUCUAGUAUAGUGUUAAUAAGUGAUGAUUAUCGUCACGAACACUAAUGCUCAGUGUUUAUUUUAUGUUGAUUCUAAGAUAGAAUUUUUAUUAUUAGAUAAUUGCUUCAACUUGCAAGAUGGUACAUUUACAAUGAUCAAAACAAUAUCGAAAGUAUUGUGUUUAUUUCAAUUAUGUAGCCUAUAUUGAUAUAUUGAUCUUGAAUACUUUGUGGUGAUACUCAUGACUUUAUGAGUGCCAUCUUUGGAUAUGGAAAAGGAAAUAUCUAAUAGAUUUCGAUUAAACUACCACCCACAAUUAUUAUUACAUUUUAUAAGUGACAUCCUCAUAUAAAGCGAUGUAUAAUCAUAUAAAUACCACAUAAACCACAAAAUACUUUUUGGAUUUAGAUUGUCUAAAGAUUCAUUAUAAUUAGGCCAUCUCGCAAGUUCUACGAAGCAAAAUAUUUUUCCCCCUCUUCAUGUUUAGAGGGGACUGUGAACGCAUGUGCCAAAUAAUUUAGACAGUAUUAUAAUAUUACAUAAAAAUGUAAAUGAAU